CAGAAAGAGCUGGGACAGCGACAGACCUACACCAAGAGUACCGUUAAGCCAGUAAAAGCGCUCCCUGACUCUACGCGCAAUAGUUAUUAUAAUUACGCGCAAUAGUGACAUUUCAUACCUGAAAGAGGAAGAAAGGACAAACUCUAUUUGCGUUCUCUGCACUGGACAAUCUCAUGAACAUGGAGCUGGUAUCAAUUGGAGAGCAAGUGUUUGCUGUGGAGUCAAUUACGAAGAAGAGGAUAAGGAAGGGAAAUGUGGAAUAUCUGCUAAAGUGGCAAGGGUGGUCCCCUAAAUACAGCACCUGGGAGCCAGAAGACAACAUAUUGGACCCUCGUCUUGUCCUUGCCUAUGAAGAAAAAGAGGAGAAGGAUAGAGCAUUGGCUUAUAAGAGGAAAGGCCUGAGACCCCGUCGAGUUAUCUUGCGGAACCUCUAUCCUAUGGACCUACGAAGUGCCCACAAGGUUCCAGAAAAGGCCGUCCCUAGAAUCCGCCUGUCACUCACCCGUUCCAUGCAGGGGACAGAAAUCGGCUUUCGUCGCAUAAUGAAACGUAAGAAUAGGCUGUGCAGGUCCAAACUCCGAGAUGACAUCAAACCAUCCCAGCAACGAAGAAGUCCAGUUCCUUCAAAAGACUCUAAAGAGAAAGAGUGGGGUGGAGACGAGGAAGAGGAGCAGACGAAUAAGAGGCAGAAGAUGUGGGAAAAUGAAGAGAACACGAACGAGCACCAAGACAUUCCAAGUGGAAAUGAGAUGUCUGAAGGCUACAACUCUUCUACAGAACAGGAACCUGUAUUUACUGCCCAGGAAACUGAGAACUGCUCUUCCAUUUUUGACUACGCUGAGAAGCCAUGUGAGGAUACCUGCCUCAUGAUAGGUCUAGUUUUAGGAGCAACAGAAAGACCAGAAAACAGUCCAAUCACAAACACACAAAAUAACAAGUCAGACACAAACAACACAGGGGAUGAAGACUCUGUACGAGUAUUACAUGACACAACAAACACUGACCAGCCACUGCAAAACAGCACCAAAAAAGAAACUAAUGAGGAAGUUAUAUUUGACAAAAUACAGAACAGACCUUCGGUUAUUGAGGUACAUUUGAGUGCUAGAUGUGGACAGAACCAGGUCAAAGAAGGUCAGUUAGACAGUUCAGAGACCAAAGAUAAAGACAAGGAAGAAAUGAAUGUUGAUGUCACAGCAGAAUGCACAACAUUACAGGUCCAAACUGACCAAUCACAGGCUCUCUCCACAUCCACAGCGCAUCCUGGGAAGGUAAUUGUAACUGAGGUGACUAUUGAUUCCUUGACCAUUACCUUUAAAGAGGCCGUUAGUGCAGAUGGCUUUUUCAGUGGCUAUGGUCUUACGGUGUAAGUCGACAAAGGAACACAAGAACAUUACAAUAGUUUUCUGUAACUUCUGUAACUAGUCAGGACCAAGUGUCUUCUGAAUAAUACAAUUUGCAGUAGUGAAGCAGAUAUUGUCUUUCUAAGCAAGGUAAGGAGAACUAAAAGGUUUUUUUAUUCUUCUUUAAGUUUGUCCUUGUGUCAUUGUGAUCAAACAAUCAUUGAAGGACGACAUUUCUGAGUAUAUUCAGUAAUGCUUUAAUCGAAGACUUUUAAAGCAUGUAAUGAAAAUAUACAUGUCUGAACCGCUACACUUUCCAUCCGCAGCAGUCAUUGCAAUAACAGUGAGAAGAAUUCAUUUUAAAGGGAUAGUUCACCCAAAAAUAAACCUUUCUUCCAUGGAACACACACAAAAAAAAAAAAAAAAAAGGAGAGAUGUUAGGUAGAAAGUUAGGGACUGACAUGACAGUCUCAGUCACCAUUCACUUUCAUUGCAUCUUCUUCCAUACAAUGACAGUGAUAUGUGAGUAAAUGACUUAUCUAUUUAAGUUCUGACAAAACUACUGUUACAAAGCUUCUUUUGUCCUGUAACCAACCAGGUGGGAAAAGGAAAGGGCACCUGGCUUUGCUUCCGUAUCUGAGCCGAGCUCUGUUCACUCUGUUCUGAGGCCUUUGUGUAUUUUUAGAGACAGUAUUGGUUUACAUUCACAACUGCUACAGUUAACGCUUUUGUAGGGGUAGAACCUGUUCAUCUGAACACAUGUGCUUUAGGUGUUGCUUUUAGCAUGGCAGAAAUCAAAGCCGAGCCUAAAUUACAUGUUUGGGUCAUGUGGUGAUAGUUGAACAUCGCUUGUCAUCUCUGUUGUUCCUCACCUGUGACAACUACACUUUUUUGCUUGUAUGUACAGUAAAUAAAAUUGAAAAUUUUUUGUGGGUGA